AUGGUCGUCGCAGGUUCAUCGAUGACGCUCUACAUACGCUGGUUUGCUUUGGCGGCCCUCGCGGCCGGGUCGCUCUCUGCGUCGGACCAAGACGGGGUCGGGGCGACCGAUCGCACUCCCAUGUUUUCUCCGACCAACCUCAUGUUUUCGGGUUUGCCCCCGCCGGACCCCGACCCGCCCAACCCGCCCAAACCAUGGGAGUGCCCCGUGCACAAGUUCCCAGAAUACGACUUCAAGAAAUGCUCCUGCCCUCCUUGCAAGAAAAACGCUGACGGUCGCUGGCACUCGACUGGGAACCCCAGCGGCACCGCCGCCGACCUGCCGUUCCCCCGGGUGCGGAGAGAGUGGCGCGAGCACACCGAGGAUGAGAUCGACAGGUACGCGUGCGCUCUCAACGUCAUGAGCACCAUCUCGACCGAGGCUGGACGAAAGUGCUACGGCCGCACGUACGUCUACUUUCCCGACAUUGUCAUGAAGCACGCGUGCGUUGCAUCGGACCCGCGCGGCGACCAGGGCCACCGCGGGCCAGAGUUCAUGCUGUUCCACAAGUCGACGUUGCUGACCUACGAGGGGUCGAUCCUCGCCAUCGACCCGAAAAUCGGCGCGAUCCCCUGGUGGAACUUGCCGCUGGACAGCGCGCCUGUCCUCAACGUCGACGGGACUGUGAACGUCUCGGCGGGGAAGUACUACUGCCCUAACGCUUCCUCCCUCCCCUUCGGUGUGGGUUCGCCUAACGACGACCCUUCCGUAGCAAACCCGGGCUGUGACCCGGAGAAGUACAUCUGGUCGGACACGUACUUCGGCGAGCAGCUCGGGUCCGGCCCGAACUAUGAAGUCACGAAUGGGCGCUGGCGGUACCGGACGAUGUCUCGCUGGGGCGACUUCGACACCACGUACUGGUCGCGGGAUGACAAGCACGAUGUCAACAACGAGUGCAUCGUCAACAUGUGGACGAAAGUGCUACGACCAGUGCCCUCGACCGUUGGACGGACCAUCAUCAACGGCGUCGGCAAGGCCAGUAACAUACUGUUUGGCGGGAGCGGGCGAUCGCAGCAGGACUCCCUGAUCCGGUACACGCAGCACGACUUUGACGCGUGCGCCAACUCCAACAACACGCGCAACUGGAUCGAGUGGCAGAACUGCCAGGAGGAGAACGAGUUCGGCACCCUCGAAGGCGUGUACUGCCCGGAUGAGAAGGAGACGUGCACGCAGCAAGACCUCAAGAAGGUUUACGCCCUGCACUCGACGACACAUGACAAGCUGGGUGAGAUUGGUGACGUGACGACCUCGCCGUCGGACCCCGCCCUCUUCUUCUCCUACCACGCCUACAUCGACAAGAACUUCAUGGCGUGGCAAGAGAGCAUGAUGGACACUGGGCGGAUGACCGACCCUGUCAAAAAGGACCUUGGACAUCACGACAAGAGCGACCCGCCGGACCUAACCAACAAGAACUACUUUGGCUACCCGCGCCAGGCAACCCACGAAGAAUGGCUGGCCAAUGUGGAGGCAUUCGAGAAGGUUCCGUUCAUCGAGGGGAUGGUCGAAGCGUCGAACCAGGGGAUGGAACUGAGGGGCUACGUCAAGCCGGUCGAGGAUUUCAAACACUUUGACUUGCAGCAGUGGAUAGAUCUGCUUGGAAUUCACCAUGUUCACGCUGGCGUCCCCACCGAUGAUUCCGUGUACGACGGAGACUUGGCGCAUCCCAACUUUCUUGGGCCAGCCUGCUCCAGCGCCACCAAUGUCCUCUCCCCGGACUUUUGGACUUUGACCAACCCAAGCUUCUCGAUGGAGAGCGGAAAGGCGGCUGCGGGGGCUGUUGGCGGCGGAGGAGGCGGCCCCCAUCUCUUCAACCCCACCUUCUCGUUGGCGUGCACUUCGCCACAAUGGCCGUCCCCCAAGCCUGGAUCCCUGACCUACAACCUCACGCAAGGCGCCAGGACGCACUCCACGUUGGGCACUGUUAUCUACAUGACACAGUACCACGACACAAAGUACCGCCCCGAUGGACUUCUCCGCGGCGACCAGGCCGUCCCAACCCUCCCGUGGAUCCCAGGGACUCUCCUGCAAGACAUCGCCAAUGGCGGGAUGCCGUUCCGCGACAUCUUCCCCGGUUACGACGGAGGCAGGUUUGGGUACUCGAACAAGGAGAUCAUGGAGUGGGGCAUGCCGUGCCGCAAUGGCCGUGUGGUCAACGACACAGACAAGCCGUGCUCGCCUUACAGCUACAGCGCUGUGCAAAGGCCGUUUGACGAGAUUAUGAAAUCCGACGCCUACUACACGGACCUCCACAAUGGCCGCUACAGCGCUGGGAAGAUAAUCCCGGUGUGCAACGUGUACAACACGAAGGGCGAGGCGUCCGUGCUGGCCACCCUGGGCAAACCGUGUCCGAACGAAUGCGGCGCAUGCUGCUGCGGGGAGCCGAACACGCCACCCCCAGCGCUGGACCACGUUUGCCAUUUCCCGCGCAGCGAGGAUGGCACGGGCGACUGCAGCCUGUACACGCCGCCCUGA